UUCUCUCCCUCCCCCUCACCUUUAUGGAGAAGCUGACCAUACCGUAUUGUUCUGGAAUAGCUGCAGCUGAUUAAGCUCAUGGACUUUGGUGUCCACUCUGAAAUAAGGUCUACGGGUGACACAGGGUGGACUGACAUAUAGGGACAGGGCAGACACUGCAAUGCAGCUUCCCACAGUCCCAGUCAAGCACAAGGGUAACGGCUGUGAAUCCUGGCUGUGGCCAUGCCCUGCUCUGACAGAACUGCUCCCCAGCCUGGCUUCUGGUUUCAUGGAGGCAAAGGGUCAGAGAACUGAGACUCGGCCUGGAUUUCUCUUGAUGGGGAACCUCACAGGAGAUGCUGAGAGAGGCCCUACAGACGUUGGGUGAGGGUGCUUGAUGGAAAACUACAGACUGAGAUUCUCACUUCACACCCCAGUCCUGCUGGGGAAGUCCUAAAACCCAGAGGGGAUGCACACGUAAAGGGGAAUUUCCCUUUCUCUCCACAACUUCCUCUCCUUCCACACCACCUGAAACUGACAAGGCUUCUUCACCGUUUAGAAGGCGAUGCUGGCUAGUCUGAAUGAAUGGCUGAGGGACAGCCCUGUGCCCAGCACCAUGAAGGUGUGUUCAGGAACGGUGACAAGGACCCUGUUCUGUAGAAAUCCACUGGCAUGUGGCCCGUGGCACACACAUUUAUUUAGCAAAUACCAGCUCACCACUGGUAGCUGCACGACUAUUACAGACGAGACGCAAAGAAUCAUGAGACUUUCGUGGUCUGGGAAACAGUAUGCUGCAGUGGGACAAGCAAAGAUUUUUGGAACCAGAAGGCCCCGGUUCAAGUCCUAGCCCUGACAUUUACCAGCUAUAUGGCCUUGGGACAAACCACUUAGCUUCUCUUCACCCCAGUUAUCUAUUUGUAACUAGCUAUGUGCCUUUUUUUUUUUAUGUGCCUUAGUGCUGAGAGGGGACCAGAGCAUUGUUACUGCUGCCUGGGACCACUCACUCCACCAUCCCAACCUCUGUUCAAAGGACUUAUCACAAAUACAGUGACUCUCCCUUAAAAACAAACAAACAAAAAAAAAACUGAGCCCCUACAAUAUCCUAAGCAAUUUACCUUAUUGCCUUUUACCCUCAACAGCAAUCCUACAAAGUAGGUAUUGUUAUCUACCUUUUACAAGUUGGGAAAUGGAAGCUCAGACUCUUGCCUGGGUUACACAACCAGUAAACGACAACAGGAGAGUGGUUCAAAUUCAGGUCUGUCUGACUGCAAACCUUCAUCCUUUCUAGAUUAUGCCUCUUGAGAUAUGCUCUGGGUGACUUCUAUAGGAAAAUCCCAAGAAAGAGUAGCAGUUGUGAAGGUCCCAGAGUCUUGCCUUGAAGCCACAGAGGGCAGGUACUUGGUGGAAAACUCCAGGGCAUGAAUCACCCUCCUCCCAUGCCCUCGUCAGUGGGGCCAGCUCCCCCUCCCCGAGGUUCUCAGAUUCCAGCCUGGGAGUUGGUGAGUCCCACCCUGCUGCUCUGUUUCCUUUUCAGGUCCCGUCCCUCUUGACAUUCUCGAAGCAGCUUCCCCAGGGCUCUCCUGAGGACCUGAUGCUUGGAGCUGAGGGGCUGACCCCAGGAGCCGGACUCAGAACUGAGGAAGACUUAAAGCCCAGAGUGGAAGUGUGAUUUGCCUAAGGUCGCACAGCAAGUUAGAGACCUCACUCCACCAUUUACUGUCUUGACUUUGCCUCUCUCGCCAUCCUGCCCCACCCCCAGCUCUGCGGCCUUCCAGCUCAUUGCAUGGCUAUGGAUGGAAAAGUGGCAGCUCAUGAGGAUGGGGCUCUCAUGGACUCCUGGGUCCCUGAGGAGGGACAGAAGUUGGACCACGAAGGGGAGGACCAGGUGAAGGAUCGGGGCCAAUGGACCAACAAGAUGGAGUUUGUGCUCUCGGUGGCCGGGGAGAUCAUUGGGCUGGGGAAUGUCUGGAGGUUUCCCUAUCUCUGCUACAAAAAUGGAGGUGGAGCCUUCUUCAUCCCCUACUUCAUCUUCUUCUUCUCCUGCGGUAUCCCCGUGUUCUUCCUGGAGGUGGCGCUGGGCCAAUACACCAGCCAAGGGAGCGUCACAGCCUGGAGGAAGAUCUGCCCCCUCUUCCAAGGCAUUGGUCUGGCGUCUGUGGUCAUUGAAUCCUAUUUGAACAUCUACUACAUCAUUAUCCUUGCCUGGGCCCUUUUCUACCUGUUCAGCUCCUUCACCUCUGAGCUGCCCUGGACGACCUGCACCAAUUCCUGGAAUACAGAGCACUGCAUGGACUUUCUGAACCACUCAGGAGCCAGCACAAUGACACCCUCUGAGAAUUUCACCUCGCCUGUCAUGGAAUUCUGGGAGAGACGGGUCCUGGGUAUCACCUCGGGCAUCCACGAUCUGGGGGCCCUGCGCUGGGAGCUGGCCCUCUGCCUCCUGCUCGCCUGGGUCAUCUGCUACUUCUGCAUCUGGAAGGGGGUCAAGUCCACGGGCAAGGUUGUUUAUUUCACGGCCACGUUUCCUUACCUGAUGCUGAUUAUCCUACUGAUCCGAGCUAUCACCCUUCCCGGAGCCUAUCAGGGCAUCGUCUAUUAUCUGAAGCCAGAUUUGUUUCGCCUCAAGGACCCCCAGGUGUGGAUGGAUGCUGGUACCCAGAUCUUCUUUUCCUUUGCUAUCUGCCAAGGGUGCCUGACAGCCCUGGGCAGCUACAACAAGUACCACAACAACUGCUACAGGGACUGCAUCGCUCUCUGCUUCCUCAACAGUGGCACCAGCUUUGUGGCGGGAUUUGUCGUCUUCUCCAUCCUGGGCUUUAUGUCUCAGGAGCAGGGGGUGCCCAUUUCUGAAGUGGCUGAGUCAGGUCCUGGUCUGGCCUUCAUUGCGUUCCCCAAGGCUGUGACUAUGAUGCCCUUAUCCCAACUCUGGUCUUGUCUUUUCUUCAUCAUGCUCAUAUUCCUAGGGCUGGACAGCCAGUUUGUCUGUGUGGAGUGCCUGGUGACGGCCUCCGUGGACAUGUUCCCCAGGCAGCUCCGGAAAAGCGGGCGGCGAGAGCUCCUCAUCCUGGGCAUUGCGGUGGCGUGCUACCUGAUGGGGCUCUUCCUAGUCACUGAGGGCGGGAUGUACAUCUUCCAGCUGUUUGAUUACUACGCUUCCAGUGGCAUGUGCCUGCUCUUCCUGGCGGUGUUUGAGGUGAUCUGCAUCAGCUGGGUGUAUGGGGCAGACCGUUUCUACGACAACAUUGAGGACAUGAUUGGCUACCGGCCAUGGCCUGCAGUGAAGAUCUCCUGGCUCUACCUGACCCCUGGACUUUGCCUGGCCACAUUCCUCUUCUCCUUGAGCAAAUACACACCUCUCAAAUACAACAACAUCUACGUGUACCCCUCUUGGGGAUACUUCAUUGGCUGGUUCUUGGCUCUCUCCUCCAUGGUCUGUGUCCCAGUCUUCAUCCUCAUCGCCCUCCUGAAGACCCAGGGCUCCUUCAAGAAGCGCCUGCAACAGCUCAUUGCCCCUGAUCCGAGCCUGCCACAGCCCAAGCAACAUCUGUAUCUGGAUGGUGGUGCCAGCCAGGACUGCAGGCCCUCCUCAACCAAGGAGGGCCUAAUAGCUGGGGAGAAGGAGACCUACUUGUAGGAUGUGGCCAGAGGUUGGAUGGCUACUGAGCCAGGAACCUGGGUCAGGACUGCCAUCCCUCCUCCAUGAACAGCCCCACUUUCAGUGGACAGUCCUGCUGAAAACCUCCAGGAUGCUUGUGGGCACCCCCCAGCCCAAGGCUGGACUCCUCUCCUCAGCUGGAGCAGCUUCUUCUGGUGGACCAAAGACACCACCACUUGCAAAUGCCAUGCUGUGAAGCAAUUCCCUGUUGGAACACACCAUCUUAUUUAUAAAGGAAGGUGGUUUUUUUGGAGUCCACCAUUUGAUUAUACAACAUUACACUGUGAGGGAACUCCCAUUGUGGGGAUGUUUCCUAUUAAGCUUACUAUAUUUGUGCAUUGGGAAGGUACCCCAACAUACACCAUGAUUAAUUCAGAGAUCUCCAUGGAAUACACCAUAUUGGAUGUGACAACUGAACACACCACAUUGGAUUCUCAAGUUCCUUUACAGUAGGCCAUCUCUGUUGAUGGAAGCCCUUCACUAGGCCUGAUAUUCUGAAGACUCCCUGAAAAAGGAGGUAGGGAAACAGCCAGGAGGCAAACCUUCACUUGCUGUGCUCAGCUUGUGUUGGAGGCAGUCGCUAAAGCCAUCUAACUCUAGUUCCACACUUUGCUUCUUGCAGUGUUGUCAUCAACUCUUAGAGCACUGGAAUAGAGGAGACUUAGAGAUAAUUCCUAGACUUUACAAAUACACGGCAUACUUACCCCUACUCUUCAUUCCUAUGCCAGAGGCAGACAUUGCUAAUCAAUCACAGAUCCUUCCCCACUUCCCCAUUCUUCCAAACACAGUGCUCCAGGUAGCUCCACUUGCUAUCCCUGCUUCUAGGCCAAACCCCUCAUUUUCAGGAUGAGUAAAUCAAGGACCAAAGAGACAAAGUGACUUUUUUCAAGUUCACAAAUUUCAUAGCGCCAGAGAUGAGACUAAAACCUAGUCUCCUUCCUCUCUGGCCAGAAUUCUUCCCAUUACACCCUCCUGUUUCAGUUAACAAGCAUGUAUGGAUUUCCUGCCACCGUGUGCUUCUUUCAUUUGUUUCAUUUCCAUUCAGCUACUCUGACUUGGGGUGGGAGAGAGAGAGGUCCCCUCGGUGGAUGGGUGAGUACCUCUCCAUAGAUUGGUGCCCCCAUCUUGGUGUUUUUUCUCAACUAGCUCAUACACCUCUGAGCAGGUUUCUAUUCUGAACCCUUUUGUUUUUUCCACUUUCCAUCUUUCCACCCCCAGUGGGUUCCUUGGAGCCUGUGAGAGCCUGGUCUCCACAGAGAGACACGUAUAUGUGUGGGGUUCUCUUCUUUGCUGCCACAAUGCCGCCUUUCCUUCCUCAGCCGCUCCUGUUCCCCUUCUCCACAUAAUCCCUCCUAUCCCUGCCCUCCUACCCAGUAUACCAGAUCCUUCCCUGGCUGGGGAAGGCUUCCUGGAGGAGGAAGGCAGGGUUUGGAUAUAUUCAAGGUUCCUGUGUUUAGAAGAGAAUGGAAGAGUGGGAGUGGGGUGGGAACCCCCUUUACGGGGGUUCUUCUUAACUUCAGGACAGUUUCCUGGAGCAGAACUUGGUGGUCUGAGCAGAAAGGAGGCUGUCUGAGGGGAAUAGGGUCUAGAUGUCAUCCUAAAGCCAUUGCCCAGCAGCUGAGGUAAAAAUCUGUGAUCUGGCCAGGGUGAGUCCUGUCGCCAAUAGCCCCAAGGCCAUCCUCAGCGCAUCCACCAUCCUGCUUCCAGAUCUGUAGGGGGCUUUCAGCCUGUGAGAACAAGGACCUUGGCAUACUGGGCACCAGCACAAGUUCAGACUCCUGGGUUCUCGAGGUCCCUUCUGCCUCCCUCUGGACUGCUCUGUGAACCUGUGCUCACCCUUCUUGAGCUAGUUAGUGGGUAAAGAAGGAUGCCCAGGAAGAAGGGAUGUUGAGAAACUGCUUCAGCCAGGCUGCUCUCACUUAUGUGAGCAAGGGGAGGUGGGCAUGGUGCUCUCUUCUGCCACCUGGUGGCAGGUCGGAGCAGUACUACAUCCCCUGGCCCCACACCCUCAGACCUCCAGGGCAGACUACCAGCAGGAGGAAAGAGCCCUGACCCUCUGCACUCACCAGACAGACGAACAGGCUGAGGGAGGAAGGUAUGGGCUCUCUCCUUCCAUGUCUAAGAUCUGGCCUUCUGGAAGUCAAGAACCUCCCACAUCCUUCUCCCCAUGCCCAGGUGGGGAUGAGUGGUGGUGGAGGGCUCCCGGGGAGAGCCUGUGCUUGCUGUGGGGCAGCCUCAGCUGCAGGGGACACAAGGGCUGAGGCCUCUCUGGCUUCCCAGCUCUCUGCCACUUCCGCAGAGGUCACCAUGCUUUCUAAGCCUUGGUACUUCCAGCCUGGAAGAUAGCAUUUUCCUUUUUUUUUUAAUUGUACUUUAUAUGAGGGUUUACAGAACAAACUAGUUUCUCAUCAGUUAGUACACACAUUGUUCUAUGACAUUAGUUAACAACCCCACGACAUGUCAACUCUCUCCCUUUUCAACCCUGGGUUUCCUUGUUACCAGCUUUCCUGUUCCCUCCUGCCUUCCAGUUCCUGCUCCAGGGCUGGUGAGCUUCUUUAGUCUUGUUUUGUUCCAUGGGCCUGUUCAAUCUUUGGCUGAAGUGUGAACCUCAGGAGUGGCCUCAUUACUGAGCUGAAAGAGUGUCCGGGGGCCAUACUCUGAGGGUUUCUCCAGUCUCUGUUAGGCCAGCAAGUUUGGUCUUUCUUUUAGAGUUAGAGUUUUCUUCUACAUUUUUCUCCAGCUCUGUCCAGGACCCUCUGUUGUGAUCUCUGUCAGAGCAGUCAGUGGUGGUAGCCGGGCACCAUCUCGUUGUUCUGGACUCAGUCUGGUGGAGGCCGUGGUAGAUGUGGUCCAUUAGUCCUUUGGACUAACCUUUCCCUGGUAUCUUUAGUUUUCUUCAUUCUUCCUUCUUCCUGAAGGGGUGAGACCAGUGGAGUAUUCUAGAUGGCCACUCCCAGGCUUUUAUGACCCCAAGACAGCAUUUCCUAUUGUAGGCCAGGUGGGCAGUUCUACACAAGGGUGGGCACAAGCUCUCUCCGGCUCAUGGCCCCGAGUCUCACAGUCUCUGUAGCUGCUGUCUCUUCUCAGUCACCCAUGGUCUCUCCCCUCUCCCCACACAAAUCCACCUAGUACUCUCAGCCGCCCCAGAUGCCCCUGGCUUUAAAUUCACAGCCUGACUAAGAAGGUCUCUGAUCUGGCACAGGGGACUGUUAGAGGCAGUCCUUCCCUCUAACCAUGUCUUCAUUCACUGGGACUCAGUAUGGAGCCUCUAGGGCCAGUGAGUCCAAAGGGGUCUGGGUGGGAGGUGUUUGGGCCUGGAGGGAACAGGGAGGGGAAAUGUACUUGAGGCCAACUUCACAGCUCAUGGGAAUCCAUUCGUAUUGGGUCCGCUACCUGUGCAAGGAGCAACAAUUUUACUCUUUAAUGUGCCCAGAGUGCUAAUACAGGUAUGUGUGUGCGCGCGUGUGUGUGUACACACGCAUGUAUGCAUGGAAUCCACGUGGGUGGUUUUGAUUUGGUGUCUGUUUUCAUCUCAUCUCUUAGGCUAUUUGAGUUUCAAACUGGUGACCAGAGGCCUAAGCUAGCAGAUUUGAUUUGUUUGGCCAG